GGGUGUGGCUAGUGUACAAUUCCACGUCGUAGUGUAAUUCUACAUUUUUUUAUGGGAGCUAUGGACGCGGCCCACGUGGUUGACGAGGCCACAGGUCAGGCUAGCGCUACCAUCUCUGGUGAAACGGGCAGAAAGAAGAGAAAAAGAAAGAGGGACGAAGUUGAAACGGCGGAGACAUUGAGUAGAUCUAUAGCAAAUUCAGGAGAACCAGCUCCACUCAAAAAGCCAAAGAAGUGGAAGAAUAAACAGAGGGUUCUGGUGUUCUGUGCUAGAGGCAUCACAUACAGAUGCAGACACCUGGUAAAUGACCUCAAGAUACUCAUGCCACAUUCAAGGACAGAUUCCAAGCUGGACCGCAAAGACAAGCUCCCAGUCAUUAACGAGAUCUGUGAAAUGAAGAACUGUACAAAGUGUAUGUUCUUUGAGAUGAGGAAAAAGAAGGAUAUCUACAUGUGGGUAUCAAAUGUGCCAGAUGGACCUUCAGCCAAGUUCCUCGUUGAAAAUGUACACACAAUGAAUGAACUCAAGUUGACUGGUAACUGUCUCAAGGGCUCCCGGCCUCUUCUUUCCUUUGACCCUAGUUUUGGUGGAUCCCCGCAACUGGAGCUCCUGAGAGAGCUCUUCACUCAGGUCUUCAGCACUCCCUACCACCAUCCCAAGAGCAAGCCGUUUGUCGACCACACCCUCCAUUUCUCUGUCCUGGACGACCGGAUCUGGUUCAGAAACUACCAGAUUGUUGAUGGUGGGGGAGGCUUGACAGAGAUCGGUCCAAGGUUUGUGUUGCAGCUGAUAAAGGUCUUUUCUGGUAGUUUUGGAGGUCCAACUCUGUACGAGAACCCUCACUACAUCACACCCAAUGCUCACCGGCGAGCUACAAAACUGGCGGCAGCAUUCCGGUAUAAGAACAGAGUGGAAGCCAAGAAGAGCCUCGGCAAGAGACGAGCUGAUGAGACCAGGGGCUUACCCCAGGAUCCCCUCGAGGACAUCUUUAAUGAACCAACUGACACCUAGAUACCUUGUCCUGAAUUAGAUACCCUGUCAGUCACUAAUGCAAAUUUGUUGUAUUAUUCAAGAGCUAAUUAACAAUAAAUAUCGCA